AUGAACUGUUCCGACAGUGCUCGAACUACGGAAGCCGCAUCAUGGAGCGAGACUCAGGUCGAAUUUCGGCCAUCGCCUCUGGUUUCAGCCGACCUGUUCAGACGAUAUCUGGACGUUUACUUCAUACGAAAAUAUCCCAUCACGCCCAUAUUGGAUCGCAGUUGCAUGGAAGAAUGCGUCUCGACUUAUUCCGAGUCACCCGAAAAGUAUGGGUUGUUGACAUCGUGCUGUGCAACUAUAGCUUUGGAUUCAGAAGUAUUGCUGUUAUCGUCUGCUCAACUCAGCGUAAUUCUUCCAACACCCGAAUUCUUCGUACAAGAAACGCUCCGUGCAAGACGGCACAUUCAUCUUGCCGAGAGUCUAUCCCUCACGCACAUCUACACGUCAUUCUUUCUCUCGCAUGCUUUCUUCUGUCUCAAUAAUGGGAACGCCGCGUGGGUUUACCUCAGAGAGUCUGUUACAAUUCUGCAAACGCUCCGGCUCCACGAAGAAGCAACAUACAGCGAAAUCAGAGAUCAGACCGUGGCUACAUAUGCUCGACGGAUGUUUUGGACACUCUUCGUCACGGAACGGUCCUUCACAAUACAGCGAGAAAGACCUCUAACGCUACUACCCACGAUAAACCUGCCCGAAGUCGACCCUCUUAGUCCUGACGCCGAGAUUCUGGCAGGAUUUCUUGAUCUUGUUUCGCUUUUUCUUCCAUUUGAUUUCGACUUUAUCACCACUAUGAACCUACCUAUUUCUCCGGCGUUGAAAACGGCAAAGGCAGGGCAAUUCAGGCGGCUGCAAGACAGACUGUCGAUUUGUCUCGCCAAAAUAUCGCACUAUCCCGAGGCACAGCAAGCAGACUUACUAGUCACACGAGAGUGGCUCAAGAUCAUCGUCUGGAAGAUUUGCGUGUCAAAAUCCCUACUAUCAAGCAGCACAAAUAGUAGAGAUAGCAUGUCGCUUGGCUAUCCUUCGUCGAUAGCCCGCGAAACCGUGCUCAUUUCUCGUCUACUGCCGUCAAAGGCCUUUGAGGCCAACGGAGUUGCCAUUUUAGAGAAAGUAUUUGACGUGGGAUGUUCACUAGCUGACGUUCUUUCACUUAAUCCACAUCCGCCAAGCAGUGUGUGGUCAGCAAUGGACGUUGGCCCAAUCGAUGUCUUGGUGGAAAUUGUCAGAGUAGCAGGCACAAAAUUCGGCGAUGGCUACCAGCAUCUGCGAAUACUGGUAGAUAAGACAUAUCGCUGUGUGCUGAUGAAUGUUGAUAGAAGUCUACCCUUGCCAACAAAUGCAUCACGAGUAGAAGCAGAAGAGAUAGACUGA